GUUAGGAAAUAAAGAAACCAGGAGACUAGCUUGCUUCCUACCUAGCGAGUAAGAAAAGAGUGUGUUUGAAUGACAGUAGAGGAUUUCAUCUGAACUUAGCAUCAAUCCAACACGUCCAUUGUGUUCAGUGCGUCCAGCUUUGUUCAGUGAUGGCAGCCAUGAAGGCUGAUGGAGGGCCGACGGAGAACAUCGACAUCUACGCAGAUCUAAACCCAGAGGAGACUGGAGAUCUUUUGGAGGCAGAAGCUGAUGCUCUUUAUGACGAUGUGUUGACUGGAUCAGUGGACAGCGAGAGCACUCUGGGGAAGCAGGAGUGUAGGGAAGAUGGGAUGUCGGUGGAGGAAUGUGAUGGAGGAAAACGCUUCUCUGUUUACAUCGGCAACUUUAACUGGUGGACAUCAGACAGUGAUCUGAUAGCGAUGGCACGGAAGCAGGGAGUGAAAGACAUCGUAGAAGUUAAGUUUGCAGAGAACAGGACUAACGGUCAGUCUAAAGGCUAUGCUGAGUUAGUUGUGUCCACAGAAGAGUCUUUAAAGCGUUUAUUAGAGUCCAUGCCUCAGUGCAAGAUCAACGGUGAAAAAGUGGAGUGUCGUCAUGUUUCGCGGAGAAACCUGGCUGAUUUUGAAGCUCAGGCCAGAAAACGAAUACCUCUGCGCCUGGCUCCUAAAGGUGAUUUGGAACGAUCCGAAGCAAGAAGUUCAUCCACAACCUCUCCAUCAGACCUGCAGUCUUUACCUUUGCCUCUGAUGUUUCCUCCAACCAAACCCCCUCCCCAUAUCCCCUCAUUUUAUAAUACUCCUCCUCCUCCUCUUCCUCCUCCUCUUCUUCCUCUUUUUAGCACUCCGCCUCCCCUCUUCCAUCCACCGUUACCUUACGCACACGUCCCCAACGCACACGUCCCCAACUCACACACAUCCUCACUACACAUCAACCCCGCCUUCUUCCCUGUGAGUCCAGCGACAUGCAGCAGCAACAACAGCAGCAACAAUAACAGCAGCAGCGACAACAGCAGAACAAGAACAGCGUUCAGCCGGCCGCGUAAUGGAGUUUUUGAGGAGCUGAUAAACAGGAACAGGACAAUUGCGAGCAGCGCCAUCACUAAAGCCAUUUCUGCAGCUACAUCAGGUGACAUCCGGAUGGCUAUAGAGACCCUGUACACAGCCACAGCGGUCAUCAAACAGUCUCGUGUGUCUAAUGACAAGCGCUGCCGCAUGCUAGUCAACUCUCUUAAUGACUGUCUCAACUCCAUAGAGACCAAAUGUUUCCCAAGUAAGAGACACCGUUCUCAGGAGCGAGCGAGCAGCCGAUCGAGGGAGCGAUAUCGAGAGCGCUCAUCCAGCACAGACAGAGAGCGAGAGAGGGAGCGAGGGCAUGACAGAGAGCACAGAGACAGGCAUUGAUGUGUGUGAUGUCUUCCUCCUCUUCUUUCUCCUAUACUCGCAGCAAUUUAACAGGAAUUCUCCACUCUGUUUGGUCAGAAGCUCAUUUACUCUAACAGCAGCUCUGAUAAAACAAUCAUCUGGGAAUAAACCUGCGAUUUUAUUGAUACCUCAUCGUUUACAUCCUAAAGCUUCUUGUUUUUAGCUGUAACUUUUUUUGGAAAGGAGUCUCCAGUGUUGUCUCUUCCUUUAAAGACUUCUACAAGGGGGAAAAUCUGAGAAUAAAGGAUCUGAUGCUUUGUGUUUGCAUGAUCUGGUUUUAGCUUCUGUAACUGAAGCGAUAACAGGAAGUUGCAGAAAUUCCAUAAAUAUUUGAAGCUAAUCUUUAGUGUUGACUUUCUGAAAAAAAUCAUCCACUCUGGUGUGGUGACUGCAUCACAUUAUGUGGAGAGGUGCUAGCCUAGUGGUUGCACAUGCAAUGUUCUGUAAAUGCAGUACAUGUUCCUACUGCUGUCGGAUUUCCUGUGCUCGAGAUCUGGUUAAGUAAAAUCACACCGUGUCAAACCUGCACCUCUGUGUGUCCGGCAAAAUCCGAGCGAUCCAGCAUCAGUCACUGAGCAAGAAAACGAAUGUCUUAGUAUUUGGCGUGUUUUAACAACGAAGACACUAAAAUCUCUUGGACACCAUGUGUGGAGUCACAACACACACACACAAAUAAGCGUAAAUAAACGACAGAUAUCUGAAUUACAAAACUCGUCCCUGUGUUUGGUUUAAUUCACUUUCUUUCCCCCUAACAGAAUGUUUCCUGCCGUGGAGUCACGUGGCUCACAUGUGUGUGGAGGUCCAGCUGAAGGCCAUGCCACACGCUCUCCUCUUCUCCAAACAUCGAGACAUUUCGAUGGCGUUUCUAGCUGAAACCGUUCUCUUGGUUGUGUAAAUGAUUCUGGAGAGUAAGUGAAGAUUUUAUUUGAAAUUCAAGCUGUUUCCUGGCUCACUGACCAAUCAUGCUGCAGCAAAGCCUCGGUUUACUUAAUUCUAAUACAUUAACGUGUUAAGACCGUGUUUUUUUUUUUUUCUUUUUUCCACCUCCUCGAUUUUGUAAUGAAAUGACAAUUACAUGUAAAAUAAUCAUUAAAAAAACACAGUAUGCCA